AAGUCGGGAGGCUUGGGGGUUUUCGUGAGAUUUCGGUCCGUGGAGGUUCGGGAUGAUGUGGGCCGAGGGAGGGCGGUUCUACUGGGGGAGGACGGAGGGGGAAGGGCGGAGGGAAGCGAAGGGCAUCGUGGUGAUGUUCGCGUGGCUCUCUAGCCUGGAGAGCCAUCUGAAGCCUUACGUCGAUCUUUACUGGUCUCUCGGGUGGAGACCCCUCGUUUGCCAUGUCGAUUUCCUCACGCUGUAAGGCGCUGAUCGCUCUGGUUCUUACUUUCUGACGAAGAUUCUGCGCGACGUCAACGAAUGCAACUCCAGGAUCUGGUCUUUUGUGAUGCUGACCAAUCUAUUCUCUUCUUCCAAAGACAUUGAUGAAGAGAAAUCUGUUGUAAGCAUGUCUGUUUUUUUUCUGUUUUUCAUUUUUCUGUUGCUCAUACCAAGAGUAAUAUGACAAAUUGUGAGAAACUUUUAACCAAUCCAUUAGUAUGCUGGAAAACCCUGGUCAAAUAUGGUAUUUACGGUUUCUGUGAUACUGGUAGCUCUUUUGCUGACUCUUACAUUCAUGACUUAGUUCUAUUUGAUCGGUAGCAUGAAGAUGGCACAAGGAGUUUUUGCAAACUUAAUAACUCCAUUUGGUUUAAAAUUCAAUUAGUUUUGUCUUCAUUUUUAGUUUUAGAAACUAUAUUUAAAUGCUGUUCAAUAAUAGUAUCUUGAUGGAAAACACAGGUGCAACGAGUUAAAAGUUUAUCUUGCCACAGAAAAUCUAUGUUGGUGCAAAAUUUGGUCUACCUAUAAUCAUUAUGUUCUUACAUUAUCAAAGAGGAUUUUCCCUAACAAGGCCACUUCGCUUGCAUGUGGUGUACUUGAUGAGCUCAUGAAGUUUUCCACACUUGAAGUAUUAGUUGUCAUCACAUUUACUUCGAUAAACCAGGUUAUAAAGAUCAAGCAGCUACCAGUUGUUCUCAUGAGCUUUUCUUUGGGAUUAAGAGGUUGCAUGUAUAAGGUUCUUCAGAUUCUCAAUGGAAAGAUGCAAGAAGAACUUGGACUGGAUGAAUAUCGGCUGAUGAGAGAGUGUAUCUGUGGACAAAUAUAUGACUCCGCUCCUGUAAACUUUACUGGUAAAAUGGCCACUCGAUUUCUCCAUCAUCACACAGCUCAGAGAUUGUUUAGCCCAACAAAAAUAACAUCAUGGAUGAGAAAAGUCUUGACAUCUGGUCUGGAUGUUGUUCUCCCAAGUAGAUCUGAAGCACAGCAUGCAGAGUAUUGGCAGUCUUUAGCAUGGGUCCUAUUCUUAUAUUUUCAUCAGAAGAUGAUGACCUUGCCCCUUACCAAGGUAUCUUUUAACUUUUCUCUAUGUCUGAAAGAGCUUGGUGUCGAUGCUAGAUGUGUCAAAUGGAGUAAUUCUCCUCAUGUAUGCACUAUAGUCAUCACCAAACUGAUUACCACUCCAAUGUCAUUGAGUUUCUUGGCAAGGCAGCUACAAUAUUUUCCCAGAGAAGGCUAUUCAAUGAAGGAUCAGAAAACCUCAGAAGUUCCUGUAACAAUAUAUCAGAGUCCAUUUGCAGUCUUCAUGAAACGGCACUGAGCUCAAACGAGAGCUUAAGAAGGGUCGACGUUAGUGCUAGUGAUAAUAUUUGUUUACCCAGCACAAGCAACAAUCUGGAAGUGAAAGUUGGAAGCUCUUUGCUAGACGAGCGAAAGGGUAAUUCGUUUACUUUGCCCAGCAUCAACCCGCAAGGGGUUUUAAGCCAGAUCUUGUUCGAUGUAUUUGUUCCUAAGAAUGUUGAGGGCUGGGACAUAAAGCCAGUUUCCUUAAAUGUGAAGCAGUCUAUUGAUUCAGCCCACCAUCAUGGUCCUUCAAAUCAUAUGAGGUGCAUGAGAUGCUCCAGAUUGUAGAAAUUUUCCGCUGACUGCCGAGGGAUAUCUGUAAAUGUAACUGGAUGCAUGUGAAUGCAACCAUCAGCACUGUAUAGUCUUUGGUAGAGAUAACGAAAUCAGAACAAGGAUGUGCUACUGCUCUACAUUGUGGAUUCCUUCCAGGAUCAAAAGGUACAUGGCACAUAUGUCUUGUAAUUCCUUUCUCUGUUUUCCUUUUGUUGUUUAAGUAAACCGUAUAUGAGUGUUAUGUUAAUACAAAUCUGUUAGUGAUAAAUCUGGGUACAUACAAGAAAAAACUU